UUUCAGUCAUCAAGCCCUGUGGGAUUGUUCACAGUUGUGACCAUUUUAUGCAUCCUGUAGAUCAGGCACUAGAGGUAGCAGCCCAAUUGCAAUGGGAGAUUCAAGGGGGAUGACAAGGAUGCUGCUGGAAUGCAACCUCACUGACAAACUAUGCAUUCUCCGGGAGAACCAGUAUGAAGUUGUCAUCGUUCCCACAAUCUUUGUUGCAGUUUUCCUUAUUCUUCUGGGGGUCAUUUUAUGGCUCCACUUUCGAGGACAAAGGAUCCAGAGACAGCUAUCUGGACUCCAAGGAAUUGCCCCUAUGCCUCCAUCUCGGGGCCUGAGCUGGGAGGCAGCAGGGCUCGGAGGAAACAUCUUUGCAAGACAGAAGCAGACUUCAGUAGAGGGCCUUUUACAGGCCAUUGCACCCACACUGGCUAAGCUACAGGUGCCUCGAGAGCAACUUUCAGAAGUCCUGGAGGAAAUAUACAAUGGAACUUGUGGAACCAUCUAUCGAGUCAAGAUGAACAGCGGGGACUCUGCUAAACCUAAAAGUGUUGUCCUUAAAACUUUGAGAGAAUCAGCAGGAUUUCAUGAGAUACAGGAUUUUUUGGGACGGAUUCAAUUCCACCAUCUUCUAGGCAAGCACAAGAACUUGGUCCAACUUGAAGGUUGUUGUACACAGACACUGCCCCUCUACAUGAUAUUGGAAGAUGUGAGCCACGGUGACCUGCUCAACUUUCUUUGGACUUGCCGCCGAGAUGUGAUGACAAUGGAUGGCCUCCUCUAUGACCUCACAGAGAAGCAAGUCUAUCAUAUUGGGCAGCAGAUUCUCAUGGCUUUGGAAUUUCUUCAGGGAAAGCGACUGUUCCAUGGAGAUAUAGCAGCCAGGAAUAUCCUGAUCCAGGGCGACCUCACUGCCAAACUCUGUGGGCUGGGUCUGGCAUAUGAAGUCCAUGUUCGAGGUGCCAUCUCUUCCAAACGUAUAGUACCCCUAAAGUGGCAAGCUCCUGAGAGGCUCCUGCUGAAGCCUGCAGGAAUCAAAGGAGAUGUAUGGUCCUUUGGAAUCUUGCUGUAUGAGAUGGUGACUUUAGGGGCUCCACCAUAUCCAGAGGUCCCUCCUAUCAGCAUUCUACAGUAUCUCCAGAGGAGAAAAAUUAUGAAAAGACCCUCCAGUUGCUCAUCUAUCAUGUAUAGCAUCAUGAAAUCCUGUUGGAAAUGGCACGAAGACAGCCGACCUUCCCCAACACAAUUACGUCUUCGCCUAGAGGCUGCCAGCCAGGGUGCAGAUGAUAAAGCUGUGCUCCAGGUACCCGAGCUGGUGGUACCUGAGCUGUAUGCAUCUGUAGCAGGCAUCAGAUCAGAGUGUGUUUCCUCUAGCUACAGUAUCCUCUGAUGCACCAGUGAAAUGAAAAAUACUAGUGAUAUGCUUGGGGCACUGAUUCUCCUAGGAAUUGUAUUGGACAUUGGACAUUAUGGGGGAAGAUAAGAGGGAGAGAGGGCAUGAAUCAAAGAAUCAUAGCUCUUAAAAGUUGGAAGGAACCAUUUAAUCCAACUCUCUCAUUUUACAGUUGAGGGAACUGAACCCAGGAAAGUAAAUAAUUUCCCCAAUGUCACACAGGUACUAAGUGCUGGAGGUAGAAUUUGAGUCUUGGUCAGAACCAGAGCUCUUACCACUAUUAUAUUGCCUUUCAGACUUCAGAUCUAGAGAUUUCUUUGAAUAUAUUCUCUGGACAGAGCUGGGUAUGAAUUUCUAAAUCAGCCCUUGGGAGCUGAAGUUGGAUUUUUGGGUGGUCCUUAAGACCCAGCUUGAGCGUAAUGGAUAAUAUUCCAAAGGAAAUUUUUACAAAUCCACAGUGCUUCUGGGGUCAUGUGAAAUAGAUUUCUGCUCUCCAAUUGUGGCUUCCAGACAAGUUCCUUUCUGAAACAUUUUUCAACUAAAUUCUAAUUGUGAGAUCUAUGAAUUUGAGAAUCAAAUGAAAGUCAAUAAGAGGGAAAUAGAAAGGAGGGAAUUAUUGGUAACAUUUGUGCAGAGUUGGAAUUCCCCAAGGAAUACUUCUUCCAAGAGAAUUAGGAGAAAUAAUGUGAAAACUCUUGUUUUCUAAUGUGAGGCUAUAGGAAAAACAGAAAAAGAAGAUUCUCACUUGUCCAAUAGGGUGAGAAGGUUGAGAAUUAGAAGGAGGGAAAAAAUGGUCCUUUUUAUUUCUUAUCAGUCCUCUUGACACUGCUAAUAGUUGGAGGUUAGAAAAGACAGUUCUCCAUUGAGAAGGUUUAGUUUCAACUGUUAAUUAAUGUGGGUUCUCAGAACCUACAAGGCAGUUACAAAAUCUAGAGCUUCACUUGCUAAAAGAGGCAAAAGUGAGGUCUCAAGAAGAGGACUAUUUUGCUCAGAGACAAAAAGACUUACCCAAAGAAAAUAAAAUGGGAUGACUAAGAAAUAGAGCAAUGGCAAUUUCUAAUAUUAAAGAAACCAUUGAU